GCAAAAAUGGCAUCACUUUCGCUCACUCAUGCUUCACGCAGGCUCCUCACUCCCUCUCUCUCUUUUUCACAGCUAAGAACAAGGAUAAUAAAGAAUCUUGCUUUCGACAGCCAAUUCAUGAGUCGAUCUUUUUCCAGGAAAAAUUCCGUUUUGCUUUCCUCAAAUUUUAGAACCCGAAUUGCUUGCAUGUUAAGAACCGCAUCUCCAGGAGGCAAGGAUGAUCAAAAGCCAAGUGGCGAAACUGAGAAAGUUGGUGGGGUUUCAUCGUGGAUUGAUUACUUACCCAGAGAAAUUCAGUCUUACGCUAAGCUUGCUCGCGUGGAGAAGGCCAUCGGUACAUGGUUAUUGAUUUGGCCCUUUGCAUGGUCAGCUACGUUGGCAGCACCGACUGGAAGCCUUCCUGAUUUCAAGACGUUAGCUCUAUUUGCUUCUUCAGCUCCACUUUUGAGGGGUGCUGCUUGUACCAUAAAUGAUAUCCUGGACCGUGAUAUUGAUAGAAUGGUGGAGCGUACAAAACUGAGGCCGAUCGCGAGUGGCGCUGUCACUCCAUUUCAAGGACUUUGUUUUUUUGCGUUUCAAUUAAUUUUGAGUCAUGGAAUUCUCCUCCAACUCAUCAAUUAUAGCCCGAUCUAUGAGGCUUCAUUGAUCUUUCUAAUGUCUACCUAUCCUCUCAUGAAGAGGUUCACAUAUUGGGCCUCGGCGUACUUAGGCUUGACCAUCAACUGGGGGACCUUGUUCGGCUCGUAUGCAAUUAAAGCAAGCUUAAUACCCUCCAUUCUGUUACCUUUGUACAUGUCUGGUAUAUUUUGGACUCUUGUGUACGAUACCAUAUAUGCGCACCAGGAUAAAGAAGAUGAUAACAAAGUUGGUGUUAAAUCCACAGCCUUGAAAUUUGGUGAUUCAUCGAAGGAGUGGAUUACUGCGUUUGCAAUUGCAUGCAUCAGUAGUCUGGCUCUAAGCGGAUACAAUGCUGAAAUAGGCUGGCCUUAUUAUGUGUUUCUGGCCGCUGCAUCUGGACAAUUAGCUUGGCAGGUAGGAACUGCUAAUCUGUCAUCCCCAGCUGAUUGCAGCAGAAAGUUUGUGUCCAACAAAUGGUUUGGUGCCCUUACUUUCGGUGGGGUUUCAUUGGGAAGAGUCUUCCCUUAAAGCUUCUAAACACUGGAAGCGGCAGCUGCUAUAAUGUCUAUUGUUGUUUCAAAUACGUUUGCUGAAUCUCACCCUUCUUCGCAACGAGUUGGAGUUGGAAUUAACCGCACAGGACAUUUACUGAUUUGCAAAAGGUACGGAGUCUCUGCCGAUUUGUGAAAGAAAGGGGCAAUAAUUUGUAAUAAAUUCUGUUCGGUCAGUGGAAAUGAAAGGCAGACAGAGGAGUCGAAACUUAUAAUAACCAUUUGCGAAUUAUAUA